UUAUGUAAUUACACAUACACAGAGUGCUGCACAGAAAGCCCUAGUUGAUGUGCUCUCACCACUAUAAAAAGUCCCUUCAUACCACACUUGAAACCCUACUUGUGGUUUGUGUUGUUAUUCUCCAUACGCGGCCAGGGUUUUAGCAAAGCUCAGAAAAGUUUUAAGACAUCAUGGGUAAAGAGAAGAUUCAUAUCAGCAUUGUUGUCAUUGGACAUGUCGACUCUGGAAAGUCGACCACUACUGGGCACUUGAUCUACAAGCUUGGUGGUAUUGACAAGCGUGUGAUCGAGAGGUUUGAGAAAGAAGCAGCUGAGAUGAACAAGAGGUCCUUCAAGUAUGCAUGGGUGCUUGACAAGCUUAAGGCUGAGCGUGAACGUGGUAUUACCAUUGAUAUUGCCUUGUGGAAGUUUGAGACCACAAAGUACUACUGCACUGUGAUUGAUGCUCCUGGACACAGAGAUUUCAUCAAGAACAUGAUUACUGGUACCUCUCAGGCUGACUGUGCUGUCCUCAUCAUUGACUCCACAACUGGUGGUUUCGAAGCUGGUAUUUCAAAGGAUGGACAGACCCGUGAGCACGCAUUGCUUGCUUUCACCCUUGGUGUCAAGCAAAUGAUUUGCUGCUGUAACAAGAUGGAUGCUACCACCCCCAAGUACUCCAAGGCUAGGUACGAUGAAAUCGUCAAGGAAGUUUCUUCCUACCUCAAGAAAGUAGGAUACAACCCUGACAAAAUCCCCUUUGUCCCCAUCUCUGGUUUUGAAGGAGACAACAUGAUUGAGCGAUCAACCAACCUUGACUGGUACAAGGGCCCAACCCUACUUGAGGCUCUUGACCAGAUUAAUGAGCCCAAGAGGCCCUCAGACAAGCCCCUCCGUCUUCCACUUCAGGAUGUCUACAAAAUUGGUGGUAUCGGAACUGUACCUGUCGGUCGUGUUGAAACUGGUGUUAUUAAGCCUGGUAUGGUUGUCACUUUUGGUCCAUCUGGUCUGACCACUGAGGUUAAAUCUGUUGAGAUGCACCACGAGGCUCUUCAGGAGGCACUUCCUGGUGACAAUGUUGGGUUCAAUGUCAAGAACGUUGCAGUUAAGGAUCUUAAGAGAGGUUACGUUGCCUCCAACUCCAAAGAUGACCCAGCAAAGGGUGCUGCCAGCUUCACUGCUCAAGUUAUCAUCAUGAACCACCCUGGUCAGAUUGGAAACGGAUAUGCCCCAGUGCUCGACUGCCACACCUCCCACAUUGCUGUCAAGUUUGCUGAGAUCUUGACCAAGAUUGACAGACGUUCUGGUAAGGAACUUGAGAAGGAGCCCAAGUUUUUGAAGAAUGGUGAUGCAGGUAUGGUUAAGAUGAUUCCCACCAAGCCCAUGGUUGUUGAGACCUUUGCUGAGUACCCACCAUUGGGACGUUUUGCUGUGAGGGACAUGCGUCAGACUGUUGCUGUUGGAGUUGUCAAGAACGUCGACAAGAAAGACCCUACUGGUGCUAAAGUCACCAAGGCUGCCCAAAAGAAGAAGUGAUGUGUUUUUGAUGAGAUUCUGCAUUGAUGAACUAGUUUUGUUUAAUUGCAUUAGCUAUUUUCAAUUUUGUUUUGAACAUUUUACCAGUCAUAGAUAUGGCUCCAGUAGCUUUUGUCAUGGUUCUCUAGCCUCUUUGAGGAUAGUAGAGUUAUUGAGCAAUUUGGUUUGAUCCAAGUUGCUUGAUGAGCAGUGACAAAAGCAUCUCUGAUGCCUUUCUACUGUCUGGUUUUUAUAGCGAAUUCCCAGAUGUGAUGCUGAGACGGUUUUAAUAUGUUAUGCUUUUUAAGUUAAUCUUUUAUCCUGCAUUA